AUGCCUCUCUCAGUUCCUCCGAAAACCCUCACUUCCCCAAUCCCCCAUGGACCCUCUUCCUCUUUCCCUUCCAUUUCCAAACGUCCAUACUUCAUCACCCUUCUCCCUCUCAACCGCACAUUCGCCUGCAAAAGCCUCGAAAUCGCCGUGCCUAGCCCCUCCCUUCAUUCCAACGUAGGACCAAAUUCCAAACACGUCGACGUCACCACUCUUAGCAACCUCUGCGUCGACAUCGUCCUCAAUGUCCCGCAGCUUCCCCCUCCCUCCCCCGUGCUACGCAAAGCUUUCAUGGACCGUUUGGCCAUGUCUCCCCCGGACAAGAAAUAUUGGGAAGCUGGCGGGAACUGCAAUAUGGCUAUAGCAGCUGCAAGGUUGGGACUCAAUUGCAUAUCAAUUGGUCAUGUGGGUAAUGAAAUCUAUGGGAAGUUUCUGUCAGAUGUGCUUCACAACGAGGGCAUUGGUUUGGUUGGGAUACUUCCUAAUGACAAUAAUAACAAUACCAUCGAUAGCUCUAGUAGUGGUAGUGCUUCUUAUGAUACUCUUCUAUGUUGGGUUCUGGUUGAUCCUCUACAAAGACAUGGUUUUUGCAGUCGGGCUGAUUUUAGCAAGGAGCCUGCAUUUCACUGGUUGAGUAAAUUGCCCAACAAAGUUAAAAUAGCUAUUGAAAAUUCAAAGGUCUUGUUCUGUAAUGGAUAUGGCUUUGACGAGCUCUCUCCUGAUGCAAUACUCUCAGCAAUGGAAUAUGCUGUCGAAGUUAGCACAUCAAUCUUCUUUGAUCCUGGACCACGUGGAAAGGAACUCUUCACUGGGACCCCGGAUGAACAAAGAGCUCUCAACCAGUUACUGAGAAUGAGUGACGUUCUUCUUCUGACUUCGGAUGAGGCUGAAUCAUUAACUGGCAUAGAAGAUCCAAUACUAGCAGGGCAGGAGUUUCUCAAAAGAGGGAUCCGCACAAAAUGGGUGAUUGUAAAGAUGGGUUCUCAGGGUUCAAUUCUAAUUACGGCAUCGAGUAUAGCUUGUGCACCUGGAUUCAAGGUGAAUGUUAUUGAUACUGUUGGAUGUGGAGACAGUUUUGUAGCUGCUAUUGCCUAUGGUUUUAUACAUAAUAUGCCACUGGUUAAUACAUUGGCAAUUGCUAAUGCAGUGGGAGCUGCAACAGCCAUGGGAUGCGGUGCUGGUAGGAAUGUAGCAACCCUGGAGAAGGUAGUGCAAAUAUUAAGAUCAUCAAACCUCGGCGAAGAUGAUGAAUUUUGGAUUAACAUACUUGAAAAGAAUGUGGUAUCUCAGGAAAUAACAUAUCUGUCAAAUGUUAUGAACGGAAACAGAAACCAUCUUAACCUUGUCUCAUUUGACGAUGUUGCCUCAGAACUUUUGCCCAGGCUUGAACUUCCACAAACAGUAGGGAAUGUGCCAACUUGCUAG